AGCAGUUCCGCGUCUUGUCCCCGCCCCCCCCCUCCGACAGGGCACAGCAUCCAUCCUCUCACGCGCUCACGCGCUGCGUGAUCCCCAUCACAAACCGAGAGCGGCGGCUCUGCUGAGCAGAUGGAGUAGUAGUACUAGUAGUAGUGGGAGUGCUCACGGCUUCCUUUCGCCCUUUUCUCCUCAUUCGUAUCUUUAAUGGAUUCGCCUUUUCUCUGGAAUAUUGCUUCAUCCCAUCGCGAGUGAGCUGCCGUGAACCCUGAGAGGAGAAGUCUCCCGACAGGAGACAAGAUGGCGUCCAACAACACCCUGCGCAGCUACUCCAUCAUCCCAUGUUUCAUCUUUGUAGAGCUCGUCAUCAUGUCCGGCACCGUGUUGUUGUCCUACUACAUGGAGUGCACGGACCUGUUCGGCGUGCACGUGCAGGGAUUCUUCUGUAAUGACGCCGAGCUGAUGAAGCCGUACCCCGGCACAGAGGAGUCCAGCUUCAUCCCCCCUCUCAUCCUCUACUGCGUGGUGGCUGCUGCUCCCACCGCUAUAAUCUUUAUUGGCGAGGUGUCCAUGUACGUGAUGAAAUCAACGAGGGAAGCUCUGCUGGCCCAGGAGAAAACCAUUGUGACAGGAGACUGUUGUUACCUCAACCCCCUUAUCCGCCGCAUCAUACGCUUCAUAGGUGUGUUUGCAUUCGGUCUUUUCGCCACUGACAUCUUCGUCAACGCGGGCCAGGUGGUGACGGGAGGGCUCUCGCCCUACUUCCUGUCCGUCUGCAAGCCCAACUACACCGGCACCGAGUGCCGUUUUAAUCACCAGUUUAUCAUCAACGGCAACAUCUGUACCGGGAACCCUGUCGUUGUGGAGAACGCUCGCCGGUCCUUCCCGUCCAAGGACGCAUCGCUGAGUGUUUACUCUGCUGUUUACCUGACGAUGUACAUCACCAGCACCAUCAAGACUAAGUCCAGUCGCCUGGCCAAGCCUGUGCUCUGUCUGGGCACACUCUGUUCGGCCUUCCUCACCGGCCUCAACCGAGUCUCAGAGUACCGAAACCACUGUUCGGACGUAGUGGCUGGAUUUCUACUGGGAUCAGCCGUCGCUCUGUUUCUGGGUAUAUGUGUUGUGAACAACUUCAAAGGCGUCCACAGUGCAACAGCUAAACAGAAAACGGAAGACUACCGUGGUCUGCCUCUGAUGACUUUCCCCCGUGUAGAGAGCCCGCUGGAGACCCUCAGCGCACAGAACCACUCAACAUCGAUGACGGAGGUCACAUGACUAAGGGGGCAGCACCGGGUCACGUUUGCGUCUCCACAGCACUUCCAGACACAAUGACGAGGACGCAUGCCACGUGGCUCCGAAUGCUUAACAAAAAACACUGCUGAUACAUCUGUUUAAUUCACCUGAGGGACAAAAUACACCGUGUUUCUAAUGGUUCUCAUCUAGUUGGGCUAUGCUCAAUUCAACCCGCACACCUAUCACAUCAGCGAAAAAAACCAUCACAAGGCAAACUUAAGCACAUAUUGUUUUUCCAGAUACUGGAAAACCAUUUGAAACAUAGGGCAUUUUUCUCUCCAAGGUGCGCUGGUUUGUAGUUAGAGGAUUGUGUGUUUUGUACAUUUUGUAUGAGCGAGAGCUGUAGCCUAUCCUGACAGUGUUAAACCUGCGCACUUCCUGUCAGCUGACUCACUCUGUUUUACAUCACAUCCUCCGUCAGGUGACUUGCCUUGUCGAUCACCACAUCUAUUCCCGUCAGUCUGAAAAAUCUGCUAUGGAAAAAAAUAUUGAUGUUGUUGUUCUGUGAUGUUUGUCAUUUGUACAGAAAAAAAAGACUUCAUUCUUUUUAUUAUCUCUGUGCAUUAAUUGACCGUGUCAGGUCAUAUUUUGUAAAGAUUUUUGUCAAUCUGUAUGACUAUUAUGAUCCAUUUGGACCUGUUUGCCUGCUGUGUAAACCUGGAUAUGUUUUGGUAUCAGUAUAAGUGUUUUGGGGAACAGACUCUCUCCCCUUUGGAGGAAACGACAAGGAAGAGUCACU